GUGUAUUUAAUGUGAUGGACAAGGAGGAGCUCACAGUCCACCAACAGCAGGCGGGACAGGAUGAUGGGAGCAUUGGAGGAGGCACCACCAUCAUGAAGAGAUGUGCGCCAGGAGGCGGGGCAGCCUCCUCCUUUGCGCGCAAAAACUCCAACAACAAUGAGCUCUUGCUUCUUCGGGACCACUGCUCAGAUUCCUCUCGGUUCUUCCACUGGGAUGCUCCACAGGGUGAGAGCUGUGGGGGCUCUGUGCCAGAGGCGGCCGUGCUAGGACGCGAAGCCGGCAUGAUAUGCAACAAGAACGGGGACUGCCGAAGAGAGCCGACCAGCUCCGGGAGCCUCUCCUCCCUCAUAUCUAGACAGGAGAAGCACGCUGAUGGGGAGGUAGAAGGCGCCGAGGGCGGCAAGGCUGCAAGCAUGGACGGCUCUGUGGUGUCAGUGGGGUCUCCACCACUGGGGGGCGAGGUCAAGAGCGCCUCGGCGGGGAUGGAGAAGAAGGACUCCAGGGUGUCUUUCUCCAACGCGCCUACCGGUAAAGGGCACACCGCGAGUCAGCAGUCCAGGAGCUCCAAAGCGGAGGACGGCUCCCAGAUAGUGGCGGAUGAUGGUGACUCCCAUCGGAACCAAACCUACAUGCAGAGGCAGUUCACCGCCAUGCUGCAGCCAGGGGUCAACAAAUUCUCCCUGCGCAUGUUCGGCAGCCAGAAGGCGGUGGAGAAGGAGCAAGAGAGGGUCAAGUCUGCGGGGAACUGGAUCAUCCACCCUUAUAGUGACUUCAGGUUUUACUGGGACUUUACCAUGCUCAUGUUCAUGGUGGGAAACCUGAUCAUCAUCCCCGUGGGCAUCACCUUCUUCAAGGACGAGACCACCACUCCCUGGAUCAUCUUCAACGUAGUGUCGGACACCUUUUUCCUCAUAGACCUGGUGCUCAACUUCAGGACGGGCAUCGUAUUCGAGGACAACACCGAGAUCAUCCUGGACCCCAAGAAGAUCAAGAAGAAGUACCUGCAGAGCUGGUUUGUGGUGGACUUUGUCUCCUCCAUACCUGUGGAUUAUAUCUUCCUCAUCGUGGAGAAGGGUAUUGAUUCGGAGAUGUACAAGACGGCCCGUGCGCUCCGCAUUGUUCGAUUCACUAAAAUCCUCAGCCUGCUGCGCCUGCUCAGACUGUCCAGGCUCAUCCGCUACAUCCACCAGUGGGAAGAGAUCUUCCACAUGACCUAUGACCUUGCUAGCGCUGUGAUGCGAAUAUUCAACCUGAUUGCGAUGAUGCUGCUGUUGUGUCACUGGGACGGCUGUUUGCAGUUUUUGGUGCCCAUGCUACAGGACUUCCCCUCUGACUGCUGGGUGUCCCUUAACAAGAUGGUGAACGACACCUGGAGUGAGCUCUACUCCUUCGCCCUCUUCAAGGCCAUGAGUCACAUGUUGUGUAUCGGCUAUGGGCGCCAGGCCCCUGAGAGCAUGUCUGAUAUCUGGCUUACCAUGCUCAGUAUGAUCGUAGGAGCCACCUGCUAUGCCAUGUUCAUCGGACAUGCCACCGCGCUCAUACAGUCUCUGGACUCAUCCAGGCGGCAGUACCAAGAGAAGUACAAACAAGUGGAGCAGUACAUGUCAUUCCACAAGCUGCCUGCAGACUUCCGGCAGAAGAUACACGACUACUAUGAGCACAGAUACCAGGGCAAGAUGUUUGAUGAGGAGAGCAUCCUGGAAGAGCUUAAUGAGCCUCUAAGAGAGGAAAUCGUCAACUUCAACUGCCGCAAGCUGGUGGCAUCAAUGCCGCUGUUUGCCAACGCUGACCCCAACUUCGUCACGGCCAUGCUGACCAAGUUGAGGUUCGAGGUCUUCCAGCCGAGCGACUACAUCGUGCGAGAGGGCACCAUUGGCAAGAAGAUGUAUUUCAUCCAACACGGCGUGGUCACCGUCUUGACCAAAGGCAGUGUGGGCAUGAAGCUGAUUGACGGCUCCUACUUUGGAGAGAUCUGUCUAUUGACUCGAGGCCGACGGACGGCCAGUGUGCGAUCAGACACCUACUGCCGUUUGUACUCGCUCUCUGUGGACAAUUUCAAUGAAGUUCUGGAGGAGUAUCCCAUGAUGAGGCGAGCCUUUGAGACCGUCGCCAUUGACAGACUGGACAGGAUAGGCAAGAAGAAUUCCGUCCUGAUGCACAAAGUCCAACACGAUCUAAAUUCGGGGGUGUUCAACAACCGUGAGAACGAGAUGAUCCAGGAGAUUGUUAAAUACGAUCGAGAGAUGGUUCAGCAGGUGGACGUACCACGACCGCAGCCUCCACUUUCCAUAACACCCCCUCUCCUACCGGGAUCCUCUCUGCAGCCACCAAAUUCUGCAAUUGCCACCCUGCAGCAGGCUGUCGCCAUGAACCUUUGCCCGCAAGUGCAAGCCAAGUCUCCCAGGAUGGUCAGGAAAUUCCAGGUGAUGCAAAACCUAUCAAGCUCAGCAUCGGCAUCACCAUUGCAGUCUCAGCUCCUUAGUUCGGGUGCCUUUGCUCCAGUCCUUUCCAGCCCUACUGUGCAGAGCCCCCGUGCAGUCGGAGGUCGUUCCUCCCCUUACGGAUCCAGUUCGCUAGCUGGUCCCACCACAGGCUCCCAGCUGUCUUUGGUUCAGCAGCACAUCCCGAGCCCCGUGCAUCGGCCAAGCACGUAUAAGAGCACCCAUUCCUUGCCGAUUGAGAGUCUAAGCCAGGAUUCCAGGGCACUAUCGGCCUCUCAACCCUCACUGCCACACGAAGGGAUGAACCUAGGAGCUCCCAGUCCUCCACAAUCCACACGAGUAUCCUCUACUUCCAUUGGACCAACUCAGACCCCAUCAGGUCAUGUCGGUGUCCGCAGUGCGAUACCCCACAGGAUUGUGUUGCCCCAUCGGAUGUCUGUAGGAGCCUUACCUGUAGCAGCCACGCCCAGCUCCACACAGGGAUUCGGGUUUACAGGGUUUACAUUACGUUCUGGGGAGUCGCUACUACCUGAGAAGGACCCCAUUGAGAGCCUUCCUGAGACAGAGCAGAUUAAAGUCCGAUCCAGAUUGCCCUCAAACUUGUGAGUCCAUGAAGGGCUUGACAUCAGUAACGAGAGCUGCUCUCGUUCUUGCAGAUUGUCCAGCUGGACAAGGUGAAUGUAUAGCAGGAGAGUAGAUCCCAGUGGGUUUUAAUGUACUAUCGAAUAUACUACAUUGAGUUGUUUCUACUCAGAGAACAUUAGAAGCAGAGUAGCAUCUUCCCAAAUUUGCCUCCUUUCUGUACUGUAGUUCACAAUGUAUGCCUAACGACUACACUUUGUAUUAUAGUGGUCUAGAAUAAUAGCAGGAACCUGCUUCUGAUGUCUCUAGCUUUAAACACCAUCGUACCGUAGGGACGUGUCUCCUUAGCAUACCUACAGGUAGGUCCAUCCUCUACGCUGUUCACAUGUAAGUGAUUCAUCAACCCAGACUGCCAUGAAAAUAGUUAGAAACUGCAAUUUCCUUUUCCAUUUUUGGCUUCAUUUACAGGACUUCUCCCAGAUUACAUCAUAUAAUUCGGAAAUUGACCAAAGCUUCAAGACAUCAAUGUAUCUGUAAACGAACUCGCCUUCAAAGCAACCCAACAUCAAGUUCUCAUUUACAACAGUUUUGUUUUUAUUUCUUGAUAAUAUUAUACCAAUGCAGUUAAUAAAGGUUUUAUGAUGGAGCAGUUCUCUUAUUUGCUAUGUACAAAAUUGUUUUGUUUCGACAUCUCAACAAACCUUAACCUUAGAAGACUAUUUGAGUCCAGACUACACCAAUUACAUACAUCAUAACAAAAGUGUUAACAAAUCUUGAUGUUAAUGCACAAGUUCCAUGUAAAGCAGGGGUCUCAAACUCGAUUUACCCGGGGGCCACUGGAGCUAGGGUCUGGGCAAGGCUGGGCCGCAUCAGGUUUUCCAAAAAAAAAAAGCAUUUAUUAAAAACAGAAAAAUAUACAAACUUUUAUACAAACUCUGCUUUGGUUCCGAUUUUCUACAAUAAAAGCGCUGAUAAAACAUUCCACUGUUCUCAAAUAUCUUAAUUUUUUAUUUUUCUGCACAAAAUAAGAUGAAAAAUAAAUAAACAAAUCAAGAAUUAAGAAAAUCAAUCAGUAAUAAAUAAAUAUAAUAAUAAUAAUAAAACGGCAAAUAAUAAAAACUUAAGAAACCACAUAUAGUUGGUGGGUAGACAAAUUAUUCUUUUCAGAUUAAAAUGAACAAAGCAUUAUUAGAGCCCUGUAGAAAUGACAAAACACGACUAUAGUCACAUUUAUACUCUUUUUAUUUACAAAUAUUGCGCAACUGCAGGGUCUUGAGACACAUGCUAACUCGCAAACUAGAGAUCUAGCGACCUAAAUGGUACCCUCCAAGUUAUUUCCUUUAAACGUAAAUAGCCCAAAACUUACCACUUCCAC